CUUGAGAAAUGAAGUAGGAGUCACAGCCAGUACAAUUUGUUCUCUGCUUUAUUUACAGGAGCCAAGCAAUAAGCGGGUUCGGCCUUUAGCACGGGUCACGUCCCUGGCGAACUUGAUCUCUCCUGUAAGAAAUGGUGCAGUUCGGCGCUUUGGGCAGACAAUACAGUCAUUCACCCUUCGCAGUGACAGCAAGUCUCCUGGCUGUGCCCAGAAGUCAUGUAGCAGAUCUGCUGCUCCUACUCCUCCUAAAAGAAGAAACAGUGUACUUUGGUCUGAGAUGUUAGAUGUCAACAUGAAAGAGUCCUUGAGCACCAAAGAAAUUAAGCGCCAGGAGGCAAUAUACGAAAUGUCCAGGGGAGAGCAGGACCUAAUUGAAGACCUGAAGCUUGCCAGAAAGGCCUAUCACGAUCCCAUGCUGAAACUCUCUAUCAUGUCCGAGGAGGAACUCACCCACAUAUUUGGGGACUUGGAUUCUUAUAUUCCUCUGCAUGAAGACUUGUUGGCAAGUUUAGGAGAAGCAACAAAACCAGAUGGAACAGUGGAGCAGAUUGGGCCCAUCCUUGUGAAGUGGUUACCACGACUCCAUGCCUAUAAAGGUUAUUGUAGCAAUCAGCUGGCAGCCAAAGCACUUCUGGAUCAGAAGAAGCAGGACCGGAGAGUGCAGGACUUCCUUCAGCGCUGCCUUGAGUCUCCUUUCAGCCGCAAGCUAGACCUUUGGAGCUUCUUGGACAUUCCUCGAAGUCGACUGGUCAAAUACCCGCUGCUUCUAAAAGAGAUCCUGAGGCACACUCCCAAAGACCAUCCCGAUAUCCAGAUUCUGGAAGAAGCCAUAUCUAUAAUCCAAGGAGUCCUGUCUGAUAUCAACCUGAAGAAGGGGGAGUCAGAGUGCCAGUAUUACAUUGACAAGCUCGAAUACCUGGAUGAGAAGCAGAAGGACCCGAGGAUUGAAGGCAGCAAAGCUUUACUCUGCCAUGGGGAACUGAAGAAUAAAAAUGGACAUAAACUCUACGUUUUCCUCUUCCAAGACAUCCUGGUUUUGACCCGGCCGGUCACUCGCAAUGAACGUCAAGCCUACCAAGUGUACAGGCAGCCGAUUCCUGUCCAGGAGCUGCUCCUCGAAGACCUGCAGGAUGGCGAUGUGAAAAUGGGAGGAUCUUUCCGGGGAGCUUUUGGCAAUUCCGAUAAAGCUAAAAAUAUCUUCCGAGUUCGUUUCCAAGAUCCCUCCCCAGGCCAGUCCCACACGCUGCAGGCCAAUGAUGUCUUCCACAAGCAACAAUGGGUUAACUGCAUCCGAACCGCCAUCGCUCCCUUCCAGCGGACUGCUGCCGCAGCAGAGCUGAAGGAGCUGCCAGAGCUGAGCGAAGAGUCGGAGGAGAACAACCCCUCCGUGCCCAACGUUAAAGCCCAGAAGAGGCAGUCUGCCAUGUCUGGUAUAACCGAGAUGGAGCUAGACGAAAGCACGUCCGAGUGCGGCUCCGUCCUGGACUCGGAGGAAGCCAAGGGUGUGAAAACACACAGAACGCUGUCUGGGUACAGGAAAACGAGGGAGAAGCAGCUGAGCGGCAAGCGGAAAGAAACGCUAGUGUAAAGGGGAGCCCAGCAACAUCCUGGUGGAAGACUGUUUAUUUAUAAAUAACGUGUACAUUUUUCUUGUAAUGUGAGCAUGGUUGGAUUCACUCUACUGAAAGAAUUUUUUUUUAUUUUUUUUUUUUAUGUUGUAAUGGCAGCUACUGGUAUACAGUUAACGCUGUUGAACUGGAGUCUGUUUUUACAAGCAUGGCCGCUUUGAGC